CACGAAGUUCGUGCGCGCACUGAGGAAUGUUAAGUGUGUUGUACUUAGUGUUCUCACGUGUUAAUGCGCUUCCUGUUUCUGUGGCUGAAGUGAAGAAUCUAAACGUGGUGGUGCAAGUGGAACUACAACAUACGUUUGCAACUAUGGCAGAGACUGAAAGUAACCACCUUUCCACCAGCGCCGGUAACACAGAACCGAACAAUACUAAUUGCAAAGGAAUAGCAGCCAUCAAGCCUCAGUUCCUCACAACUAGAGAGAAGUUCCACGAGUUUUUAGAUUCUGGAGGCAACACUGCUGAGAAGAAGACAGAUAGCGAGGAGCCAAAAGCGGAAGGAGGUGAUGAUGCUGUAGCAGAAAAGGGGACCGGGGAACCAGAGCCAAAAAGGAUUAAGCUUGAUGAAUGGAGUGAUAAAGACAAAAAAGAAGGAGAGAAACAGCAGAAAAAGAGAGCAAAAGGGCAAAACAAAAGUAGGCCUCACGUGAAACCAAACGCCUAUGAUGAUAAACGACUCUGCCCCUCUGUAGUUCAGGAAUGUGCUGCCAAAUGCUUUUUUGGGGACAAAUGCAAAUAUUUGCAUGAUAUUCCUGCAUACCUAAAGCUGAAGCCUGCAGAUGUGGGGAACAAGUGCUACCUGCAUGAGAACUUUGGAAAGUGCCAGUACGGUAUCACCUGCAGGUUUGCAAAAGCUCAUAUCGGAGAGAACUUCAAAAACAUGGUGAAUGAGGAGCUAGUGAAGAAUAUGGAGGGGAAGGUGAUGGUUAAAAACGCCUUGAGCAAAGAGCUUCAACAAAAUUUGCGAAAAAGGAAGUUUGACUUUAAGGCAUCUGAUGCCUACCUAAGACAGAUGAGCAAAGGAAAUAAGCAUGGUAACGUAGGAAAGAAAGAUACAGAUCAUCAGUCAGUACCUGAGAAAGUGAAUGAGAAGUCCUGUACAGCCGAAGGACAGAACAACAGUUCAAUAGGUGACCCCAAGGACUCACUAAAUUCGGACACGCAGCCUGUAGUCAACACAGAAGCUGUACUUGGCAUUCCCUGUGCUUCAGAAGUAGGGAAUAUAAGCUCUUCAUUUGAUUCUCAAGUGGACUGUGGGAAAAAUAGCAGUGUGAAAACCCUGGGUGCCGUGACAGAUGAAGACAUUGUCAAGCUCAGGGCUUGUGAAAAGAAGCAAGUGGACUUCAGAGAUAAGCUUUACCUUGCACCUUUAACAACGUGUGGAAAUCUUCCUUUCCGUCGAAUAUGCAAACGUUUCGGAGCUGACAUCACUUGUGGAGAAAUGGCCAUGUGCACGAAUUUGCUACAGGGUCAGUCUUCUGAAUGGGCCUUGCUGAAAAGACACCACACUGAAGAUAUUUUUGGUGUCCAGCUGGAGGGAUCGUUUCCUGACACCAUGACCAAAUGUGCAGAACUGCUCAAUCAAACCAUCGAUGUGGAUUUUGUGGAUAUAAACGUUGGCUGCCCCAUCGAUCUUGUGUACAAAAAGGGUGGUGGCUGUGGGCUGAUGACUCGCACAAACAAAUUUGAGCAGAUUGUAAAAGGAAUGAACUCGGUUUUGGAUGUUCCUUUAACUGUAAAGAUCCGGACGGGUGUACAAGAAAAAGUCAGCAUUGCUCACAAACUCAUACCUGAUUUAAAAAACUGGGGUGUAUCCCUUGUCACACUUCAUGGGAGAUCACGGGAACAGCGUUACACAAAGUCAGCAGACUGGGAAUACAUAGACCACUGUUCAAAAGUAGCUAGUCCCAUGCCUCUUUUUGGUAAUGGGGAUAUACUCUCCUAUGAAGAUGCAAUGCGAGCCAGGGAGACCGGAGUUUCUGGAAUUAUGAUUGCAAGAGGUGCUCUAAUUAAGCCUUGGAUCUUCACUGAAAUAAAAGAACAAAGGCACUGGGACAUCUCAUCCAGUGAAAGAUUUGACAACCUGAAAGAUUUUACAAACUUUGGUUUGGAGCACUGGGGUUCAGACACUCAGGGGGUGGAGAAGACCAGAAAGUUCAUUCUUGAGUGGCUAUCUUUCUUGUGCAGGUAUAUUCCAGUGGGCUUGUUGGAGCAUGUUCCACAAAAGCUCAAUGAAAGACCUCCAUUCUAUCUAGGCAGGGAUUACUUGGAAUCACUGAUGGCAAGUCAUAAUGUAGGGGACUGGAUCAAAAUCAGCGAAAUGUUGCUGGGUCCAGUGCCUUCAAAUUUUACGUUCUUGCCAAAACACAAAGCGAACUCAUACAAGUAAACGGUGCUUACUGCAAGAUUGCUUCACGAUACUGCUUUGUUUCAGAAGAGCUUGCAUUGCUUGUAGAUUUUACAACCAGCAUUUUAUUUUUGUCUGAAACAAAUACAUUGUUCAAGCUUUUUGAUAUUACAAUCCCCUUUAUAAAAAAAUCCCUGGUCUUGAGUGAGUCUUUGAAGCAGGUUUAGCUGUAUAUUAAAACUCCAGAAAUAUAUUAAGGGUAUCCAUCUGAAAUUUACUGGUCUAUUUAUGUACAGAUUUGAUGUAUCUAUGCAAACAAAAUGUUUUAAGGCUAAUAUUUAUCAGUUAAUUACUUGGUGGGUAAUUGCUAGUUUUCUAGAAGUGUGUUAGACAGCUUGAAAUCACUUUUAAAUACAUUUAUAUCCUAUUACAUAUGCUUCUCUGACAGACUACCUUCCAAUUUUGUGGUGACCCUAAAAGAAACACAACCUAGAGCACAGUAAAGUAAAAAUAAAAUGCAAACCUUGUACCUCAUUCAUUGUCUUCCAUAUUACCACGCUUUGAUAAAUGGACAAACGCAUUCUCAGGUUUUGGUGUAUUGUUUUCAUCUCCAAGGUAGUACAGUACAUACAGUGAAUAACUAGUCAAUAACUUGGGACUGUGCAUCUGUAGCUGCUUAUUCAAGGUGUCUGUCUCUCAGUAUUUAUAAAAGGAAAUCUGUUCUGGUAUUUAGUGGUGGGUAAGAGCAGGUGUUUUUUAAUACAGAGAUGGUUUAGUACUAAUAUUGCAUUACUAACCAAGACCUGCCUUUAGAGGGAAGGUCAGACAAUUACCAGAACAAAAUGUUCUACAACCAUUUCCUAAAAUAGCUCUUGAUUUAGAAUUAACCAGAAGUUUGAAUUAUUUUUGUAUUUUGUUUGUUAUUGAAAUGUUAAAUAAGGUAUUUGCAUAUCUUUUCAGCUGCAUUUUGCCAUAAAAAAGUAAAAUAUGUACUGUAACUGUUUCUUUUAAUUUGUGCAUAAAAAAUAAAAUGUAUGAUUCCAAA